UUACUUCAACUGGCCCGGCGAUGGCUUCACUUGACUUCCAUGGGGUAGCACACGUUUCUUGUUCUUAGGACAAAGAAAUAAACCGAACACAUUUUUUCUUGCUGUCGAGACGCCACAUCAGAUUGAAGGCUCGGGAAAGCGAAAUCUCUGACCAAAAUUCGUGCUCUCGAUCAUGGAUGAUGAAUUGCUUGAGUUGCAGAGACUAUUCGAGUUCGCACAGCAGGAAAAGUCGAAUAUUCGAUUAUCGGAACGAAAUGUUGUUGAAUUGGUUCAGAAAUUGCAGGAGCUUCGUAUCAUAGAUUUCGACCUCCUUCACACUGUCUCUGGCAAAGAGUACAUCACUCCCGAACAACUGAGGAAUGAGAUGGUGGCUGAAAUUAAGAAGCUAGGGCGUGUUUCUCUGAUUGAUCUCGCUGACGCUACCGGAGUCGAUUUAUACCAUGUUGAGAAGCAGGCUCAACAAGUUAUAAAAGAUCAUCCAGAGAUGAUGUUGGUUCAAGGGGAAAUUAUGUCAGAAUUUUAUUGGGAUUCGAUAGCUGAAGAAAUUAAUGAGAGGCUUCAGGAAUGCAGUCAGAUUGCACUUACAGAACUUGCUGCACAAUUAAAUGUUGGUCUAGAAUUGAUUGCCUGCAUGUUGGAGCCUCGUCUUGGAAUGAUGGUGAAGGGCAGGCUUGAAGGUGGGCAGUUGUAUACUCCUGCAUAUGUAGCUCGUGUUGGUGCCAUGGUUCGAGGUGCUGCCAGGGGCAUCACUGUUCCAACAAAUUUGUCAUUUUUAUGGAGCUUGUUACAGCAAUUACUGCAAGAAAUGGAUGGAACCAGCAGUGUGGUUGUUGAAGGAGCUUUCUUCCAGGCACUUUUUAAUGGGCUUGUGAAGGAAAGUGAGAUUCUAGGAUCACUUCGUGCUGGAAUACAUUGGACACCUGCGGUCUUUGCCAUUGCUCAAAAGGAAUCUGUGGAUACAUUCUUUUCACAGAAUUCUUUUAUUAGCUAUGACGUUCUACAGAAACUUGGAAUUCCCCAGCCCAUUCAAUUCUUGCAGUCCAGAUAUCCUGAAGGUAUACCUCUAGUUACGGUGUUUGUCCGCCCAUCAAUGAUUGAAAUGCUGGAUGCUGCUACUGAGGAUGCUCUUGACCGUGGUAGUUGGAGUGAUGCUCUUUCCUUAUUGCCUUCAUCCUUCACCCCUCAAGAUGCAUCUAAAAUGUUGACCUUCUGCCAAUCAGUUCAAUCUGCUCUUAAGUCUAACAAAGCACGCGUUUUUGGGGAUUUUUAUGUUUUGAGCAACAGCUUUAUGAAGGGCAUCUGUGAGCACUUGGUGAAAGAAUUGGAAACAUUAGGUGUUACAGGGUCCUCUGGCAUCAAAAUGUUUAGUGAUUCGCAAGUAACGAAUGAAGUAAAAGUUGGGCAAGACUUGAUUCGAUCAAAUGAAACUGCAACAGAUGGUGGUGUCAUUAAACAUGUUGAUAGAGGAUCAAAGAAGAAAAAGGGAAAGGCUACUGGGAACGAUGUGUCUGACAGUGCUGCAGAUGUUCCAGAACAGACUUCCACAAAAUCCAAAAGAAGCCAGAGAAGGGGCAAGGAUACAUCCUCCUCACAAAUGUCAGAUUCAAAAAUAGGUUCGAGGAAAACGAAGGAUGAUAACCUCAGCAGUCCUUCAGAUGGGUGGAUUAUGCAGAAGAUUAUGACUUUCGUUCCUGAUUUUGAAGAACAAUCUAUGGAUGAGCCUGAAACAAUUCUGAGGCCUUUGGCUAAUCAUUUAAGGCCUACAAUAAUGGCUUCCUGGAUGGAGAAGAAGAAAGCAUUGUUUACAGAAAAUACAGAAAGAAUGAAAUCUUUGCUUGAUAAUUUGCAAAAGAAACUUGAUGAGUCUUUCUUAAACAUGCAGCUUUAUGAAAAAGCUGUAGAGUUGUUUGAAGAUGACCAAUCAACCUCUGUUGUUUUGCACAGGCAUUUAUUGAGAACUGUAGCUGCCCCUAUGGUCGAUUUGCUUCUUCGUAAGUUGGAUGAGCACAACAAGUUAAAGAAUGGGCUUAAAGUGGAGGAAGCUUCAAAUUCAGAACUACUUAUCCUUAGUCCUGGAGACAGAACUGCAAUUUGGAAGAGUUUACCGGGAGCACUUUGUAAAAAAGCUCUUGGUGUUGUUGAAACAUUGGAAGGAAAGCGGGUGGAAACGUUUAUGGAUGCUUUUAGAGAGGUAGCAGAAGAGAGUGGAUUGUCUUUGAAAAAGCUUGACAAGAAACUAGAAAGAACACUUUUACACUCUUAUCGUAAGGAACUGACAUCUCAAAUUUCUAUUGAGACUGAUCCAAUAUCACUUCUGGCAAAAGUUGUGUCUUUACUUUACGUGCAGGUUUACCACAAAGCUCUUCAAGCCCCUGGAAGGGCCAUUUCUGUCGCCAUCUCCCAACUGAAGGACAAGUUAGAUGAGUCGUCAUUCAAGAUUUUAACUGAUUAUCAGAGCGCUACGGUGACUCUUCUGGCAUUAUUAGCAGCUGCAACUGGCGAUGAAGAGGAUUGUACAUCUGAUAGAAUAUUGAGCAAAAGGGAGCUUCUCGAGAGCCAAAUGCCUACUCUGAAAAGCUUGGUUUUGAGAACCUCGCAAUCUUCUUAGAGCUUUUGGAAAAAGCAUAAGCAGACAUCCCUAACAAGCCUCAGGGCAAGGGCGUGUUACUUUGAUUUACCUUACAUGUGUUGAAAUCAAAGAAAUAUUAUUAACUGUUAACUAGUUUGUUCGUGAUAACUUGUCCAUGUGAAAAACUUUGGUAUAAGAUUUAUUAAUCGUUUUCAACAAGCACGAUAAUUCUGAA